AUGAAUAAAGAACGUGAUGCGCUGGAUGGUGACCUAUCUGUGUCAAAGGAAUCACACCAAGAUAUAGUAGCCAACUGUGCAAAUCCAUUCGAUGCGUCACAUUCAACUCCGACUCCUAUUCCACCGCCAUCUGCAUCAUCAACAUCAACGUUGAUUGCCCUCGAGAACGAGCCGAUAAGUGGCAAAGCAGACACAAGCAGCAACGAACUAUCACCAUCCGCUUCAAAACUGGAACGGACACGUGUAUUAAUCAUCAUUGGUGUCCUCAUACUUGUCAACGUUGUGCUUUGGAUCACGUCAAUAGCACUAUCAUCCAUAUUCAGCACUCUGCUCGUAUCGAAUCUUCUUUUGGCGUAUACGCUUGGCUUACGGCAUGCAUUAGAUGCCGACCACAUUACAGCUAUAGACAAUGUGACUCGAAAACUACUAGAUGAUGGAAUAAGACCAAUGCUUGUUGGCUUCUAUUUCUCAUUGGGUCAUAGCUCAAUCGUGGUUGCAGCAACAAUCGCGGUGGCAAUUACUGCCACUGCUAUAGCAUCACAAUUCGAAAACUUUCAGCAAGUGUCCUCCAUUAUUGGAACAUCGUUCUCUGGCGCUGUAUUACUGAUUAUUGGUCUCAUCAACCUGAUAUCACUGAUCUCCAUUGCUAUGACAAUCAAGCGUCAUAACGCCGGUUCACGACAAGAUGACGUGUUGGAAAAAGUUAGCGUGGAUGAUGUGAUGAAAUCAAUGGGUGUGUGGUCGAGGGUUCUGAGGCCUGCCUUUCGAGCUGUUGAUCAGUCUUGGAAGAUGUAUAUAGUGGGUUUGAUAUUUGGCCUUGGAUUUGAUACUGCAACCGAGAUCACGCUACUGUCACUAGCAUCAGUGCAGGCAGCCGCUGGAUUUCCGUUACCCUUGAUUAUAUUAUACCCAUUACUGUUUACGGCUGGUAUGGUGCUCGUAGAUACACUAGAUGGAAUAUUGAUGAUGAGGGUGUAUUCUGCAUCGAAUAUUGAGCCAAUGCAAAGACUGUACUUUAGUUUCGCUGUGACUCUCUUUUCAGUAACACUGGCGCUGAUCAUUGGUAUAGUGCAAAUAUUGAGUGUCAUACAGUCAACACAGAAUCUUGAAGGUGGAUUUUGGGAUUUUCUUGGAGGAAUACAAGAAAAUUUCGGGUUGGUUGGUGCUGGGAUUAUAGUUGUGUUUAUAGUCGUGUUCCUUAUCAUAAUGGCUAUUCGGAAAUCCACUGAUUCCAACAUGGUGGUCAACACGACGACUACGAAUGGCGGUCAAAACGGGCACGUUGUGAAGACUCCUAUAACUCCAAAGUCACCAUUACAUGCUGCUGCUACCAGUCUGGCUCCUCAUACAAAACCACCACCAGUGCCAUCAACCGUAAAUGUUGCCAAAUUGAUUCUCGACAAUGUCGUUCGCGCAUUCCUCACUGGCUAUGCGAUCAGUGUAUUACCAACAGUCCUCUCAGCAGCCUUCAACCAGCUCAUCCUCCGCAAAAAAGCACCUGCAAAACAAGUCGACCCUCUACACAUCCACGUGGGUGGUAUCCUAGUCUCAAGUCUCCAGGCACGACUCCCCUGGUUUCUCGUAGUCCUAAUCGGUGGCUUCCGAAUCUCUGAUAUACUAUUAAACCUAAUCAGCACCCGAUUCUUCAACAAUCAUCAUGCCAUUCAUGAUGCAGCUGCACCCAUGACGCCGUUAACACCUGCACCACCACCACCAGCACCGCAAGUAUCAAACACUAGAUUAGCAUGCACGUUUGUUGCUUCGGCUGGAGCUGCUGGAGCUGCGUUGCUUGUGAUUCCACCGGAAAGGAGGACGGAUUUUGCGCUGCUUGCGUGUGUGAGGGCUGCUGAUUCGUUUUUAAAGUAUAAGAAGAAGCCGAUUCUCAAUGCGUUGAAGAGGAAUGGGGUGCCGGAUGUUCUUAUUGAUAAUGGGGAUACGUUGUUGUUUGUUACGGCUUGUACGGAGAUUAUGUGGUCAUGGUUUUACCAUCCAUAUGCACUCCCAAAAUCAUAUGUGAAAUGGAUUUCAACCAUGUCUGAACUAGAUCCCAUAGUCCAUACCAUGCUACAGAGAAUCUACAGGGGUGAACUAGUAUAUAAUCAAGACGGGCCAUACAACAGGGUCUGCAUGGACUUUGCCAACAAGCUGGGACUCCCUGAAAGCCUUGGAGAUGCUUCAAAGGGGUUUAUUAAUUGUACGCUGGUGCAUCAGGGUGUAGAGGGGUGUGUUAAUCAUACUGCCAAGAGAUGGAGGUGUGGAUUUGAAAGGGCUUUCCGAUUGUAUCUCCCAGUCCAUCUACUCCCCGUAAUCCUCUUCCACCCAUCCCGCUUCUCCAAACCCAAAGAACUCCCCAACACAUUAUGGAAGAUCCUCUUUGGCGCAACCCAAUCCUCCGUAUUCCUAGCAUCAUUCAUCGCACUAGUCUGGUCUCCCAUCUGCUUUUCCCGAAACAAUAUCAUGAAGGGGCGGGAUCGUGAAUCGUUUGGUAUUUUCAUGGGAUGUUUCUUGAGUGGCUUCUCGCUCCUGCUGGAACGUAAAUCUCGACGACGGGAAAUCGCACUGUUUGUUGUGCCCAAAGCUAUCGAGUCGGCUUGGAGACGUGCGUGGCCGUACAGGGGUUUGGAUAAUGGGGCUUUGAGACAUUCGGAUGUUGUUAUAUUUGCGAUUGCUAUGGGGUAUAUAUUUACGGGGUAUAUGCAUCUGCAGGGGAGUGUGAGGGCACCGAUUAGAGCGUUGAUGGGGUGGUUUGUGGGUAAGCCUAUUGCGUUAUAA